AAAUGCCACCAGCGGCGACAGAGGAUGCCGAUGGCGUGACGGCGGAGCUAAGCAGCUACAUUCAUGUAGAAGAAGGACCGCUUCUAUCAGAAAGAGUAGAAGCUGUCAAGGCUACCUUCAAGCAGACGAUCAAGGAUGACCUUUCUCUGGCGCGGUGCCCCAACGCAACCAGGGUCGACCCUCGCUUGUGGACGAGCAUGCGCGACAGUCUCAAGGUGCACACAAAAGGCGACAAGUCUUCUCUGCGUGAUCCUCCCGCUGAAAAGGCACGUGAGCUGCUCCGGGGAGUGAUUAGCAGCAUAGCGCGACGGGGAAGCACGAACCGAUCACGUGCCUUCAGGAAGAUGCACAACGCGAAGAAUAUGGCACAUCCAACUAUGCUGACGCCAGCAGCCGGACCUACGACUCGGCCUUCGCAGAGCUUUCCUCUUCCGCCAUGGCCUCUGACGAACCCCCAGUUCUCGCCCUCGCUUCCCUGGUACCAUCCUCAACUGGCAUCGCCCUUCGGUGGCAGUGUACCCGUGCAGGUCACCCCCUCUUCAACGUGCCUCCCACUAAGUCAGUCGAUUGGCCAGUACCCUUUCGUGGGCUUUGGUGGUAGCAGCGUAAGCGUGCCAAUGCCAGCGGUUGGAGCUUUUUCUCCUCCCGUCGCCGGCUCGGCGGCUGCUGGAGCCACGUCCCAGCCACCCGCCCCGUGGACUCGCGCCGAAAAAGCGUCAAAGAAGGCCGAGGGAACUGGGGGUGCGGCUGGUGAGGCGUUUGACUCGGUAGAGGGCUUGGAUAACCUUGAAGACUUGGGCGAUGGAACGGAGGAAGCGCCCGGAGGGGUGAACGAAGCAGUACCAGCGGCGGGCGUGGCGGGCGUGGAUACCCGGAAAACGAAAGACCUCAUGCAAGAGCUGUUGGAUGCUGGGAUAACGGAUGCCGAUGCCACAGAGGCGGUUCAACAGCUCAGGUCGGCUCUGACUGCCGCCGGUGAGCUUGGCCCCGUGGAAAAGCAACACGCAGCGGCAAUCGACGGGAUCGACAUCUUCAAAUGCACCCAGCUUGGGCGAUAUGCCUACGAUUCGCUCAUGAGACGUGGGUUUGCGAUCGCCCCCGUCUUUUCCAGUGCUGACAGAGAUGAGACAACACGUUUCAUGUCGGAGAGGAUUCACGAGGAGUAUUUCACAGAGACAAGCGAGGACGGACGGCUCCGGGUCCCAUAUGCAAAGGGGCUCCGCAAGAUAAACGACCAGGAGAGAUGGAUGGUGAACCUAGAAGAGGCAUCGCACAAGAAGAGCCUCGGGCAGAAGUUCAUGGAGAGGGCGGAAAUAGCCGUCCAAACCAUGGGCUUCGUGUUACAAGCUCUCGUCUCAAUCGAUAACGUGGUGGACGCCGAGAAGCUAACUCUCCUGCUCAGCGCGGCGGGCGAGGCCAAUCAAGUGCUUCACAAGGACCAAGACGGGAAGGACGUGCAGAAAAGGCUUCUGGGUUCAGGGUCAGGGACGCGAGGGAGGUCUGAGCCGGCGCCGUACACCGGCCUUUGUGCUUUCCGAGAACCUGUGUAUCUUCACGUCGAUGAGGCCAGCCACAAGGACUUUCUGAAGGACGAGUAUGACUGGAAUGACAUGGUAGAGCUGAUCAUCCCUCCAGGGUAUGGCAUUCUCUUUCACAGCUGCCUGGUGCACUCCGGAAGCUCGUACGAGGAGAUCAACAGUAGGCUGCACAUUUACUUCAAGUGUAAGAACGGCCGGACAACGUUCGACAACACCUUCCACCAGGUCAAACAUGACGAGGCGAAGCAACCAGCGGCUAGGAAAGCGCUUCCUUUGUCGUAGACAUAAGGAACACGAUGCGGUGUCUCGUUCUGAACGUGGAAUCGUCUCCUGUGUAUGUUGCGUCUUAAGUCCGUCCACGCCAUCCCUUUUUUCAAGGGCGCGUGUCAUCGUUUGGGCAGCACAUUCGGCGGAAGCAUUGCGACACAGCAUGCGGUUGACAUGUACGAUUGUCCCUUUCCCAGAGUUCGUCGGAGUUCGUCGAUGCGUACGGAGCCAUGGAUCCCUACGGUCCUCAAUGCCUUCGCCAAGAGAGCAGUUUUCUUUUGAGCGUGCGUAAUAUGAUCUGAUGACUGGUGCCGCGCCUGUGCACGCAGAGACUCACAGACGCGAUCGACGUGGCUUUUGAGAGAUUGCUUGAAGGAUCCUGACACGCUGUGAGGGUCACCUUCGAAGAGAUACCUGCACCGAUGGAUGUUUUUUCUUGCGUGAUUUGUAGCUGGUGGCGAAUUGAGAUACC